AGCUCAGUCUGAUGGGUGAGCGCUAGGUAGGUUCAGUUGCCCGCACUUGGUGGGUUUGUUUCGGUGACUUAGAGGCAGGAGAGGCCCCGGUGUGUUGCUAGCUCUGGAGCGAAAGAACGAGGUCCUGGUGCUCUCCCGCUUGGCUCAGUUAAUAUUUUCAUGCACUUUCUCUCUAUAUGUAGUAGAAUGAGGGAUGUGACGGCUCAACACCUAAUGACACCAGGGAGAGCAGAGGGGGGUGGGGCAACUUUAUUGCAAACCAGAGUGAUCCAACGCCAGUAUCUUGCACUGAGAAGAGACGCCCAGCUCUAAAGGUCCCAUUCUGUAAGCAUGCCGGAGAUGACCCAGAAUGAUACACCUACCAAAAGCAAGCACAGGAAGAAAAACCGAGAGAGUCACAAUGAAGUGGAGCGACAUCGAAAGAAGAAAAUAAACUCUGGGAUCAAUCGAAUAGGAGACCUUAUCCCCUGCUCUGCAGCUUUAAAGCAGAGUAAGAACAUGAUCCUGGAUCAGGCCUUCAAGUAUAUACAUGAGCUGAAGAGGCAAAAUGAUGAGCUCCUACUGAAUGGAGGGACCCAUGAGCAAGCAAAUGAAAUAAAAAAGUUAAGAAAGGACCUGGAAGACCUACAAAAAGAAAAUGCUCGUUACAUUGAACUACUAAAAAGCAAUGACAUCUGUCUUUAUGAUGAUCCCACAUUGCAUUGGAAAGGAAAACAUUCUAAAAAUGCCUUGGUUGUUUCUGCAGACCAAGUUCAAAAGACCCCGCUUUGUCUAAAUGGGAGCCACCUGGGGUCCAAUAACCAGGGUGCAGCUGUGCAUGGGAUAACUUUUAAUGUAAGUCAUAAUUUGCAGAAACAAACAGCCAAUGUUGUUCCAGUGCAGAGGACUUGCAACAUUGUAUCACCUAUUACUGGAGUAUAUCCUUUGACGGAUAAGGCUUGGCAACAAGGUUCUAUGUCUGUAACCACAUCCAGUCAACAAGCUCCACUCUGUCUUCCUAUAACCUCCCUGUCUGCAACUACUAUUAAUGUCCCUGCAACUAAGGGAGAACAUGUUGUCACAUUCCCUGCCAGUUCUUCAUCUCCAUGUAUCACAGUAACAACAACAAGCCAAGUGCCGUGUUCUUCCACACAUGGAUUACAAGUCCAGAAUACAGAAGAAAUAAUAAGUGUCAGUGAAAGCCUAAAGUGCAUAUCUAAAACCGCUGUGUCUGUUUGUACCAACAUGUGCUCAAAUCCACAAAUUUCUGAAGCACCACAAGUCAGUGUCUCUGCAGUAAACUUACAGGAGACUCCAAGUUUAUGUCAGGGGAGAUCUUCUUUGGGCAACACUAGCUGUACAGAAGCUGUGAAACAUGUAGUUGAGGAUAUUUUUCCUAGUGUCCAUAUUGAAUCUAGCCCAGAAUUACCAAAUGCUUCAAGAGAAAUGGCAACUUUAGCAGGAGAAAUUCAAGUAGCAACUAGUGUAACAAAAAUUCCAAAUUCUUCUUUUGAGAAUGGAUGGUCUCUUUCUAACACUUUAACAGCAUCAGAUUUAAAAAGUAUUAGUGGCUUAGCACGUAUCCCCUCUGACGGAAACACACAGACCACAUGGACAACUUUGCAAUUGGCUGGAAACACGGUGCAACCAUUGAGCCAGAUUUCUAGUGUCAUUCCUAUGAUAACAGAGCAACAAGGAGGUUCCAAGGAAUCUUUAAUUGUCAAUCAGGCAACAGCUUGCAUAAAACUGAACAAUCCUUUACCACCUGAAGUCAAAUCGGUAGAUCAAGUUAUGGUGAAAAUGGCUUCAUCUCAACAUGUUUCUGUUCUAUCGCAACCGCAACCUGCAGCUAAUAUUCUUCCAUUGAACUCCCCUGUGCAAGUUAUUCAAGUGGCUCAGCCAAUCCAACCUGCCUUAAAUCAAACUCCAACCAAUCAGAACAUUAUACUACUUCAGCCCCAGAAUGCAGCUCCUUGCCCACCUGUGUUACGGACAGAAGUUCCCAAGCCAACAGCUGGACAACAAAUUGUUAUAAUUCAAACAGCACCUAACCAAAAUUCACUUCCACUAAUGGCUGCUCAGCCUUCACCCUCUGUCAUGGUGCCUCUUAAUUCUGCCAACCCUCUUGUUUGUCCAUCAAACACCAUGCAGAAUGCAGUUGCUCCACAGACAUUUGGUGGAAAACACCUUGUCCAUAUAUUACCAAGGCCAAUGCCUUUAGCAACUUCUAACACUACACAAACUGUCCCUGUAUCUAGCACUACAUCAAGUCAACAGCAGCCAACUAUUUCUCUAAAUGGGCAGUUGUUCGCAUUGCAGCCAAUGACACCUUCAGUUGGAACCUCAAAUCAAACCCCAAUGCAAAUUAUUCAACCAACUACCAGUGAAGAUCCAAACACAAAUGUUGCUCUCAAUACCUUUGGUGCCCUAGCCAACCUUAGUCAAAGCAUAUCACAGAUGGCUGGCCAAAGUUGCUUACAGUUUUCACUUAAUCCUCCUGCUGCGUCUUUACCAGCCACCAACAUUCCAGUUAACUGUAUGUCUGCAUCUGGAACAAACCUGUCCUCUGUCAUCACCGACAGUUUACCAACAUUACCAAUAGCUGCCAAUCCAACCCAGACAUUCUCUGCAAAACCAACAAGCGUAUCAUCAUUAAAUGGAAAGGCAAAAAAAACUGUCAAGAAACCCAGUGCAAAAAGACCAACUUCUAAAAAAGAAUCCAUAUCAACCAAUAAAACAAGUAAAUCGGAUAAUAUGAGUGUAGAAACUACAAAGCUGUCAAAUGAAGAGGUUCAGGGUCAGCCAGAAAACGUUACCGAUACUGUGAGACAAGAGAAGGAAAUAGUGUUUGAUUCGCAUUUGCCAAAAUUGACACCACCUGACACAAUUCCUGAAACAAGCACUUCAACAGCACUAAAGUCCAGUAUAGAAGCAAAUGUAUCCACUGGUACUGCAACAAAAGAACAACUUUCUGCUGGUUAUUCAGACUCUGGAGAGCUUGCUUCUAGCACUGAUGUUAGUGUUACUCAGAGUGAGCAACUGCCCCAUUCCAUAGAGUCAGAGUGCUUUAAGGCUUGUGUUGUGACCAGCGUUUCCUCUUUAUCCUUGAAUGACUCUCCUAUUCAAGACUCUUUGAUCGUUGGAGCAUCUGUUCACACGUCAGUAUGCACAGAUGAAAGUACAGAAAUUAAUGGUUCACAACAAUGUUGUAUCCGGGAUGAUUCUACAACCCUAACUGCAACAGACGUAUUGGAAGCACAGAUUCUGUCUGAAGAACCAAAAGAGAAAUUGCCUUCUGUAAAAAUGUUGGAAAAUAUUUGUAAUAAAGAAUCUAUGAUCAAUAAUCAUACUAAAGAAGAUACAUUGGUUAUAAAUAGUGAAGUUAAUGCUUCCCAACAACAGCCUUGUGUUUCUGAACAAGAAAUAGUUGCUAGCACCUCGUGUGUUACUAGUAGACAGACAGAAUCUCCGAUGUCCACAAACUCUGGAAGUGGUCGUAAUUUUUCAGUGGCAUCUAUGUUGCCAGAUACCAGCAGAGAAGUAAUUUCUAACCAUUCAUCAUCAGUGUCAACAUUUAGCGGUUGUAGUUUUACAGAACAAAAUGACAUAGUAGCUGUAGCUGCAAGAGCCAUUUUUGACCAGGAAAGCAUUGCAAAAGGAAGGGCCAGUAUACAGACAGAUACGGGGGGUUCCAUUUCUGGGGCUGCUGGAGCUGAAAGUUUGACAAAUGAUUCUCAGAAUUCUUUCACUACAGCAAAAGAAAGUUUGGAUAUUCAAGUACCAUCAUCCAAUUCCUUUGAUUCAAGUCUGCUUAAUGUUAAUGAUCGUUCAGAACAAAAAAAUAAUUGUACAGCAGGGGUUAGUGCAGCAAACCUUUCUGUGCAGAUUUCAACAUCUCAGUCACAAAGUGUGACCAGUCUGAGCAUAAAUAAUUUAAUACAUCAGAAUGGUGGAUCUCAUGCAAUUGUAAACUGUGCAGAUGUAUCACAGUCAUCUUCACAAGUGACCAUGUCUGCAUCAGCUAAUAUGUCUAUGUCAUCAAGCACUUAUGGAAACCAGUCCCAAGGGUCAUCUAUCAUGCACGAAUAUUCCCAAGGGCAGAUACAUUCUUUGAGGGCCACAGUAAUGCAAGCUCCUCGGUUAACACAGACCCUUUUAAAGCCAAGUAAUGAGAGUCGAAAAGAAUCGAAUAAGCGCCCAGCUCAUGAAGAUGUAUUACUUUCAACAGCCAAACAACAAAAGCUGUGUCAAGCUCCUAUGAGGAUCGAAAGUCUUGCAGAGGACAAUCAAAUGUUAAUUAACCAUGUUCCUUCUAACUCUUCAUCUGUUUCUGGAAAUAGUCAAAGUCAUGGAGAUGGACUUGGCACACUCUUUCCAUCAAAUAGCAGUUUUGUAAACUCAAACAUAAGACAAGGAGAUAUGCGUUGCAAUUCUCAGCCUUCCAUCUCGGAUCAGCAGCAGGCACAUAUGGGAAGUCAACAUCUCCAACCUUUACAGCAGCAUACUACUAGUCAGCAUGUAUCUAUACUUCACAGUAACAAUCAGUACUUAAAACAGCAGCAGCAACAACAACAGACCGGGCAUUUAAGAGAGCAUCAUUUGUAUCAGCAGCACCACCAUGUCUCCCAUACAGAAAAUUCAGUACUCCUGCAGGCUCAUAAUGUAUCCCAACAAAGACUGAUACAACAAGAUGUUCAAAUGCAGAAGAAGCGAGGUCCUGUACAAGGAAGCCAGUCUGCCCGUUUGACCUUACAGCAGAAACAUCAGCUUUCUGAACAAAACCAUCAGAAAAGUAAUCAGCCCCACAGUCACCACCAGCAGAUGCAGCAACAAAUGCCUCCUCACUUCAGUUCUUCCCAGCAAGAGAAGUCAUGUGAUAACAGCUCGAACAGUCGCAGCCACCAUGGUACUCAUACACAAAGCCACAUCACUCAGGAUAUCCUUCAUCAACAGGAAGUUGGUAGCAGACCGCAAGGGACAGUAGUUUCUUCAGAGCACUUAUCUGACCACACUCAAGUCCAAAGGCUUAUGACCUCAAGGAGCUUAGAGCAACAGAUGGUUUCCCAGCCAAGUGUUGUUUCCAGGUCAACGAAUAUGACAUGUUCCCCACAUAGACAGGAAAGGAAUAGAGUGUCAAGUUAUUCUGCUGAAGCACUUAUAGGAAAAAGCACUUCCAAUUCAGAGCAACGAAUGGGAAUAUCUGUUCAAGGUUCCAGAGUCUCCGAACAAAUAGAAAUGAGGAAAUAUUUAGAUAUUUCUAGGAAUAAAUUGUCCAUUCAUGCCAUGCAAGGUCGAUUACCUGUAGACCACUCCAUAAAUAAUGAUACCCAGCGUCUCCCUGAUUGCCAGACAUUUAAACCAAGUGGUUCUAACCAACAGCAGCCAGGAUCCUUUGACAUUCAGACUUCAAGAAAUGAUAGAAAUGCUCUUCCAUCAUCAAUGAGGGUUAUGCAAGCACAAAGUUACAGAAUUACUCAGAAUUCAAAUCCACCCAUGGAUCGACAAAAGCACCUACCAUAUCAGCCUGUGCAAGAUGUUCCUAUAGCUAGUACCCUUCCUAUACGAGAUAAUGAAAAUGCAUGUCACCAGAGCUUUAUGCAAAGCUUGUUAGCACCACACAUUGGAGAGCAGGUUGGUACAAAUCAGAGGUCACUUUCCAGUCAUACAAGAAAUGCACCCUACAAUUCAUCCUCUGGUAUUGAAUAUAGCUGUCCUCCCAACCGUGAUUCUGUACAUCUUCGGAGAGACAGUGAUGGUCAAAACAGGGAAAGCUGUGAUUUGGCAAUGGGACAGGUAAACUCAAGGAACAACUCUAUUAAUAUUCCAUUCUCCAGUUCUUCCACCUCUGGAGAUAUUCAGGGCCGAAAUACAAGUCCUCAUGUUACAAUGCAAAAGUCAGUCAUGCGGCCAACAGACAGCCAGGGCGCAAAGAAUCAUUUAAAUAUUCAAGUUUCGAUCAACAUGCAUGGCGUGGUCCAUCCUUCUAUAACACAUCAGUCUAUUUCCCAUGGAAAUGCUGAUCAGAGGCAAACUUUAAGACAUGGUAAUCCUUUAGUAACACAGCGUUCAAGACAUCCUUUACAGGAUGAGGUAGACACUAAGUUACAGCAGCCUGAACGAAACAGGACUAAUAACCAAAGGCAUGGAAACAUGUUUGACCCAUCUUUGCCACACCUUCCUUUACCUGGUCCUCGCAGUAUGAUACUUGGACGGCAGCAGCCUGUACCUGAGAAAAGACCUGGUAUUGUUCGUUUUAUGCCUGACAGCCCACAAGUUUCCAGUGACAAUCCCACUGCUGACCAGCAUACACUGACUCAAAACUUUGGGUUUUCUUUUAUUCCUGAUGGCACCAUGAACCCCCCAAUAAAUGCAAAUACAUCCUUUAUACCUCCUGUUACUCAGACUGCUGCCACCCGCACACCAGCCCUUAUCCCUGUGGAUCCCCAAAAUACACUACCAUCUUUUUAUCCCCCAUAUUCUCCUGCUCAUCCUAGCUUAUCCAAUGAUAUUACAAUCCCUUAUUUCUCCAAUCAAAUGUUUCCAAACCCAAGUACUGAAAAACCCAACAGUUCAGGAUUAAACAACAGAUUUGGCUCUAUAUUAUCUCCACCCCGACCAGUAGGCUUCUCUCAAACUACCUUCCCACUACUCCCAGAGAUGCCUCCAAUGCAUAUGACUAACCCACCUCACCUGUCUAACUUCAACUUGACCUCUCUGUUCCCUGAAAUUGCCACUGCACUUCCAGCAGAUGGGUCAGCCAUGUCCCCUCUACUUUCUAUAUCACAUUCUUCAACAUCUGAUUCUUCAAAACAGUCCUCAAACCGUCCUGCGCACAAUAUAAGCCAUAUUUUGGGACAUGAUUCUGGUUCAGCUGUGUAAGAUUACUAUAUACAUAUUGUUUAACUUUGUAAGUAUUUUUUAUUACCGCAUUUCUUUAUAUUAUUAGAGAUUACUUGUUUGGCGGCUGUUCUUUGUUUUUGAUGUCAUUUCUACAUUUGUAAAAAUAUUCAUAAAUUCAGAUUUCUAA